UUUUCUCUCUCUUCCACCCACAUUUUUAUACAUAUAUAGAUUAUAGAGAGAGAGACGUGUCCACUUUGAGUUUCUUCUGAUUAUCAUUUAUUCUCCGUACAUACAAAAAUAAAUUAAUUUUAGAGGGAACAAUAGAUUGAUGGAAUCGGACGACGAGGUGGCGGCGAUGAUGAUGGAAGUUUCCGACGACGACGAAGAAUUUUACGGCGCCGGAGAUGGUGAUUAUGAUGAUGAUGAUGAUGAUGUUUUUCUGGACCAUGUCUCAGACGAUUCCGAUGAUCUCUCCUCCCACCACCACCAAUACGGCCCUCGAUCACAGAAUUAUAAAAUUUUAAAUGAAGAUGAUAUUCGGGAAUGCCAAGACAAAAGUAUUACAAAGAUAUCUACAGUCCUUUCAAUCUCAAGGGAUGCUGCCGGCGUUUUGCUCCGCCACUAUAACUGGAGUGUUAGUAAAGUGAAUGAUGAAUGGUUUGCAGAUGAAGAAAAGGUCCGUAAGACUGUUGGUUUAUUGGAGAAUCACAUUCCCCUUCCUGAUGAUAAAGAGCUAACUUGUGGUAUCUGCUUUGAAACUUAUCCUCGGGAUAGGAUGAAUGCUACUGCCUGUGGCCAUCCCUUUUGUGUUAUAUGCUGGCAAGGAUAUAUUGACACGGCCAUUAAUGAUGGACCUGGAUGUUUGAUGUUGCGUUGUCCUGAUCCAUCUUGUGGUGCUGCUGUUGGACAGGAUAUGGUGAAUAAAUUAGCUUCUAAUGAAGAUAGAGAAAAAUACAACCGCUAUUUUUUAAGAUCAUUCGUUGAAGAUAAUAGGAAGACAAAGUGGUGCCCAGCACCAGGUUGUGAUUAUGCUGUAGAUUUUAUUGUUGGUGGUGGAACAUAUGAUGUCUCUUGCCGUUGCUCACACAGUUUUUGCUGGAAAUGCGUCGAGGAAGCCCAUCGCCCAGUUGAUUGUGGAACUGUGUCCAAGUGGAUAAUGAAAAACAGCGCCGAAUCUGAAAACAUGAAUUGGAUAUUGGCCAACUCGAAGCCUUGUCCAAAAUGCAAGCGGCCGAUUGAGAAGAAUCAAGGUUGCAUGCAUAUCACGUGCACACCCCCAUGUAAAUUUGAGUUUUGCUGGUUGUGCCUUGGUGCAUGGACAGAACACGGUGAAAGGACUGGUGGAUUCUACGCGUGCAAUCGUUAUGAAGCUGCCAAGCAAGAAGGAGUGUAUGAUGAUGCUGAAAAACGAAGAGAGAUGGCCAAAAAUUCUCUAGAAAGAUAUACACAUUACUACGAGAGAUGGGCUACAAACCAGUCGUCUAGGCAACGGGCGGUUGAUAACCUACAUCAAAUGCAAACAGUACAUCUAGAAAAGCUGAGUGAUAAGCAGCGUCAGCCUGAAUCUCAGCUUAAGUUCAUUAUAGAAGCUUGGCUACAGAUCGUUGAAUGUAGACGAGUUUUGAAGUGGACAUAUGCAUAUGGAUAUUAUUUACCAGAGCAUGAACAUGCUAAGAAGCAGUUUUUUGAGUAUCUACAAGGCGAGGCAGAGUCCGGUUUGGAACGGCUCCACCAAUGUGCAGAAAAGGAAUUUCAGGGGUUCCUCAACUCUGAAGGUCCUUCGAAUGAAUUCAACGAGUUUCGAACAAAGUUAGCUGGAUUGACUAGUGUGACGAAGAAUUAUUUUGAGAACCUCGUUCGAGCUUUGGAAAACGGCCUAUCAGAUGUGGACUCUCUUUCUCCAUCCACUGGCAAAUCAAGAGGCGGUAAAGGCAAGGGAAGUGCAUCGAGAUCAAGCAGUUCUAAGAACAUAGAUGAUUCUGGCCAUUGGAUAUGUGAAUACUGCACUUACGCAAACGCUCGAUCGUCCACUGCUUGUGAGAUGUGUCAGCAGCUAGGGGGGAGGUGAAUCCCUCUCUACUCUUCGAGUAUUUUUGUAUGGAACAUUCGAUUGUGUGUAUCUGUAUCGAAUAUAGAUUCCCCACGAGUAUUCUUGUGUUGUAUAUUAUACAGUCAUUAAAUUAAAUAUUUGUUAGGUAGAUUGAUGUUAAUAAUGAGUAUGUUGAUUGUAAUGGUGAUUACUGGAA